AUGUCUGAUUCGGCUAAAAUAGAGGAGGUACUUCCCAGUACAAUGGAGAACAUUAUAAUGAAAGCAUCUUACCAAGAUGCUUAUCACGGCUAUGCUACGACAGAGGCUAACCUCUCUCAUGGUCGGAAAUUAUACUGUCUCACGCAAUGUACUCCUGAUAUACUUGGCUUACAGUGUGAAACUUGCUUGCAUUUUGCUUAUGGAGAUAUGAUGGAUGAUUGUUGUAGGAGCCAAACGCUGGCGAUACUUCGGCCUAGUUGCAUGCUGAUUUAUGGUAUAUCACCUUUUUAUCCAAUGUUGCCUCCACCUCAGCCUUCUUCACCACUCCCACCAGAAUCCAGUGCUGCUGCUGACAAGAGUAACGGUGCUAUUUAUUAUAUUAUCAGAGCUGGAAUUCCUGUUGUAGGCUUCAUAGUUCUUCUUCUUUGUGCCAUUACUGCUUUCUACAUUCAUAAAAGGAGAAAGACGAAACAAUGCUCGGAAAAUGAUAAUGCUACCCUCGAGUCAUUGCAAUUUGAUCUCGAAUACAUCAAGGUUGCAACAAACAAUUUUUCACAAGAUAAUUGGCUUGGAAGAGGUGGAUUUGGCAUUGUCUACAAGGGCAAACUGCCUGAUGGCAAAGAAGUAGCCGUGAAGCGGCUUGUCACAAAGGAUUUAGGGAGGGGUGGCGAUGAGCAAUUUAAGAAUGAAAUUCUUAUAUUGGCUAAGCUCCAGCAUCGAAACUUAGUGACACUUUUAGGAUUCUGCUUGGAAGAGGAUGAAAUGCUUCUAGUUUACGAGUUUUUGCCCAACAACAGCCUCGAUUAUUUUAUAUUUGAUUCAUCUAAGAGGCAUACAUUUCUACGAUGGGAGACACGCUUUAAAAUCAUCAAUGGUAUUGUAAGAGGACUUAUCUACCUUCAUGAACAGUCAAGACUUCGAAUCAUUCAUCGAGACCUAAAAGCUGGAAAUGUUCUCUUGGAUGAAGAAUUUAACCCUAAGAUAUCAGAUUUCGGUAUGGCAAGACUAUUCAACAUUGACCAAACUCAAUCAGUGGCAAGCAAAAUUGUUGGUACUUUUGGAUACAUGGCUCCGGAAUACGUGCUUCAAGGCCAAGUUUCCAUGAAGUCGGAUGUCUAUAGUUUUGGAGUUCUAGUAUUGGAAAUUAUAAGCGGGCAAAAAAUUAGCUCAUUUCGAUCUGAACAAAAUCUAGAAACCCUUCUUGAAUUUGUGUGGAGAAAUUGGAUAGAAGGCACAGCAUGGAAUGUUGUGGAUCCUGCAUUGUCGAACGCUCAUAGCAUGGAGAUUCUAAGAUGUAUCCAUGUUGGCUUACUGUGUGUACAACAGAACCCAAAAGAUAGACCAACUAUGCCUCUAGCUGAUCUUAUGCUAAGAAGUGAUCCCAUCUCCCUACCGGUGCCAUCGAAGCCUGCCUUUUUCGACCGUGGCAACAUGCUAGACAAUGCUCCACUACAGGGUAGUACUUCAAACCAAUCUAGUAAUAACAACUUUGUUGGGAAUUCAACAAACGAGGUUUCCAUAACGGAGCUUCACCCUCGUUAA